CCUAUUUUCUGGGCAUAUUUACCCUAUGUCGAGUGCUUUCCACCACAGAGCCGUCGUCGCAUGCCACCCUCAAUAUCGAAAGCAAACUGCCAUUUAUGGUGCUCGACCUAGACAGGAAAACUCUCUGGAACGAUAACAACUCGAUGUUGGCCGCCAUCAAUCUCGGUAGUACUGUAUUCAUUGUUGAUGAGAAUGCUGCUUUGCCGUUUCUUGACAAUUUUAUACGAAUGCAUGAUGAAGCCAUGUUUCGCAAACCAGAAAAGUUUGUCGUUGUUACUGUGCAAUCCACCAGCAAACCUAGAAUCACUGAGAUUCUUGAGGUGAUACAAAACCACCCAGCGAUUCAAGAAAUCGCAAACUUACUGCUGAUUGUCCCAAGUGGCGAACGAUAUGAACUUCUGACUCAUAGAUACGUUGGAAAUCCGCCAGAGGCGCUGGAUCUUCUACUUUUGGAUACGUACUUCCCGGGUAAUAACUCCUUUGCGGAGGGAAACAUGCUGUUCCCGAACAAACUUAAAGACUUGAUGGGGAAGACAUAUCGAUUGGCGUCAUUCUAUCUGCUUCCAUGGGUAAUGCCUCGUCAGACCGACGAUGGAAUCAUUAACUAUUUGAAUCAGUCAUAUACCAUCGAUGGAUUGGAUGGAUAUCUGCUGGUGUUAUUUUGCAAGCGAUUGAACUGUACUUGGGACCUGCUUAUCGAUCAAUACUGGCAGUACGGACAGGUGUUCGAGAAUCACACCGGAAAUGGAAUGGUUGGGGCUUUGGUGGAACGAAAGGCGGAUUUUGCAUUGGCGGCUGUUGGAGCAUGGCAUCAGCUUUUUCGAUACUUCAGCUUCUCGAUUCCUAUUCAAUGGAUCGGGAUAACUUGCUUGCAACCGAGGCCAACAUUGAUCGAAUAUUGGAAGAUUAUAUUCAUGAUGUUCUCGACAACAGUUUGGGCUGUUUUACUAGUGACAUUUGUUCUAAUAGCGAUUCUAGAUAACUAUAUGCCAACCAUGAUCGAAAGGUGGUCCCCGAAUCGAAGAGGCAUUUCAUGGAGCUUUAUCAAUGUGCUUUGCUCCUUUCUUCUGUUGCCAUCUGUAAUGCGACGAAGCCGAGCGUCGGAAGUUAUGCUCUCCGUCGGAUUAUCGGCCUUCACUCUGAUUGUUGCCUCCGUCUACAUUGGCAAAAUUCACAGUAUUUUAGCUAUCCCAGUUUACGAUCCUCCCAUCGAUACCAUUAUUGACUUCGCCGAAAGCAAACUCCGGUGGAAUGCUCCACAUGAAGUGUGGAUGUACCUUAUCGCGGAAAGCGAGAAUCCGCAUAUCAAGCAAAUCUUGACCAAGUUCCACGUGGCCCCGAUUCCUGAUUUGGAAACCAUAGCAAAUCGCGGUCUGGAACCGAUCGUGAUGGCCAAGCUACACUUUGGUCAUUCUAUGGUUGGCGAAUGGUUCACCGCGGAAAACAUUGAAAAUUAUCGGCUCAUGACGGAUUUCCUGUACUACGAGUACGACACCGGAUAUGCGACCAAAACUUGGCCUCUUCUGGGGCAGUUUGAUCAUUUGUCAAUGUGGUACCGUGAUGGAUGCUUGUCGCGAUUUGUCGAACAGUUGGACGUAUUCCGGUACAUGAAUCAACGGGUGCAGAUAUCGAUCGAACACUCACGAGAUCGUCCGCCCAAUAAGUUGAAAGUGAUGGAAGUGGACGAAAUCGAGGGAGGACUGUUGAUGUUGGGGAUUGGUUAUGCGGCGGCAAUCUUGGCUUUUGUGGGGGAGCUUGUUCUGGACGCUGCCAAACGGAAGAAGGUUGCGAAACGACUUGCUACGAAGUGGAUGAUCAGAUCCGUGGGAAGAUUUCGUUUGAACUCAAUCGAUCAAUUGAAUUGACCCAAGCAAAUAAAACAAAUAAAACAUUGAUUUCAAACCAUUCGUUUACG